UAUUGCUUCUCUCUCUACCUUCCCGCCGGUAACUUCAGCUCUAAGGUUCCGUUUCAUCUUCUGUGGCCACCAAAAACAUUCCUCUUUGCUUUAACUUUUUCAUUUGGGUAUUUUGAAGUGAAGCUUCUGAUUUCAUCAGUUGUUUUUACUUUAAUUUCUGUUUUGAUAAGAAUCUGGGGUUCUUAAUGUUUUAGUGGGUAGCUCUCAGAUUUCAAUAACUUACAUGGUUUGUUGUUGGUUUUGAGUUUGCCGUUCUGGGUUUUUGUUCCUUUUUAAUGCUUUUAAGACUAUUUCUUGAGCUUUUAGUUUUAGUGUUGGAUUUGUCCUUUGAUAUGUUGACUCUAAAUUGGUGAUUCUUUUUAAAGGUUUUAUUGGGAGGGGUUUAGUUGGGGUGAGAGAGAGUAAAGUUUGAAUUUUGCAAAAAGAAGAGAGAGGAAAGUUGCUUUUGGCUUUUGGGUUUGAACAAGAAGAAGAAGAAGAGAUGGAUGUAACAGAAGUUACACUGAUACACCAUGUGGGGAUUGUGUUAAUGGUGAUCUGGUUUCUCUCUCACUUCGAUUGCUGCCACCCAGUUGCUUACUUCAUCUCUCUCAUUUAUCUCUACCUGGUUCAUGAGCGGUAUGUUAUGAGAUUGCGGAAGAAAUUACAAUUUGAGGAAAGAAAACAGGCUAAUCAGAGAAGGGUACUUUCUGAUUCCGAGACCGUGCGGUGGUUGAACCAUGCAGUUGAAAAGAUAUGGCCAAUAUGUAUGGAACAGAUUGCUUCACAGAAAGUUCUCCUCCCUAUCAUACCUUGGUUUUUGGAGAAGUACAAACCGUGGACUGUUGGUAAAGCUAUAGUACAGCAUCUUUACUUGGGAAGAAACCCACCUAUGUUCACAGAGAUGAGAGUUCUUCGCCAAUCUACUGAUGAUGACCACUUGGUUCUGGAGUUGGGGAUGAAUUUUCUGACAGCUGAUGAUAUGCUUGGAAUUCUAGCUGUGAAACUGAGGAAAAGACUAGGUUUUGGAAUCUGGGCAAAGUUGCAUAUUACAGGCAUGCAUGUUGAAGGGAAGGUCCUGAUUGGGGUGAGGUUCCUUUGCAAGUGGCCUUUCCUAGGCCGUGUGCGGUUAUGCUUCGUUGAGCCUCCAUAUUUUCAAAUGACUGUCAAGCCUAUUUUCACUCAUGGGCUUGAUGUUACGGAACUCCCUGGGAUUGAUGGCUGGCUGGAUAAGCUUCUCUCUGUUGCCUUCGAGCAGACACUUGUUCAGCCUAAUAUGCUGGUCGUUGACAUGGAGAAAUUUACUUCACCGGAACAGGAAAGCUGGUUCUCUGUGGAUGAGAAGGAUCCUGUUGCUUAUGUGAGAGUAGAAGUUAUUGAAGCAUCUGACAUGAAAGCCUCCGAUCUAAAUGGAUUCGCUGACCCUUAUGUGAAGGGUCAUUUGGGUGUUUACCAAUUCAAAACUAAGAUACAAAAGAAAACGCUGACUCCAAAAUGGCACGAGGAAUUUAAGAUCCCCAUUAUCACCUGGGAUUCACCAAAUGUGCUAGCUAUAGAAGUUCAGGACAAGGACAUAUUUGUUGAUGACACCCUUGGAGACUGUUCCAUUAACAUUGGCAAUCUUAGGAAUGGCGGGAGGCAUGACAUGUGGUUGCCUCUUCAGAAGGCUGGGAGGCUGCAUCUUGCAGUAACCAUACUUGACGAAAAUGGGAAGAAUGCAAUGCUUCCACAGGAUGCUCAAGUGUGCAUGGCGCUCCGCUCCUUCGAAAAAGAACAGAAAAAUCUUCAGGGGCUUGACUUGAACCGCUUUCAUACAAAGGGAGAUGAGUCAGAUGACUGUCCAGAUGUUCAGGAAAAGCCAGAUGUGGAAGAACGAAGAAAUUCCUUUGCCUGUGACACUGGUAAUAAAGGUUCCUUCUCAUCUAUAUCGCCGGGGAAAUCUCCUAAGGUAGCAGAUCAUUUUGAGCCGAUUGAUAUUGAUGGGAAGAAAGAGACUGGUAUAUGGGUCCAUCACCCAGGAAAUGAAGUUUCACAAACUUGGGAGGCCAGAAAAGGAAAGGGUCGACGACUUAAUACCCAAAUUCAAGGGGAGCCUAAUGGUAGUGGCAUUGGAUCCCAAGUUAAUGAUACCAGCAGCACUGACGAGAAUCCUGAAGAUAAACGGCGAAUGGCAUCAGUUCGCAGGGGUCUGCAUAAGAUCGGUUCGGUGUUCCAUAGGAAUUCCAAGGAGGAUAAUUCAUGCACCCUUAAAGAGCCACUCGAAACCCCACGCGUGAAUCUAAGGGCAGUUAAUGAAAAUAAUAUUGGUGUGAAAUUUGUUGUGGAAGACGGCCUUUGUAGCUCUCCUUCUGGCAAGGCAAAUUCAAAAGGAGGGGCUUUAAGUUCUGGAGAGAGUGGUUCGGAUAGCCCAGGAAAGGGCAAUGUUAAAGACAUGGCAAAGAGUCUCUACAAAAGUGCUGAAAGGUCGGUAAAGCGUGCACUUUCACGGAAAGGUUCUAGAAAGCCUCAAGCUGAUCCCCGCGCAGUGAGUGAAAAAGAAAUUUUAGCAGAUUCGACCUCUUCUGAUGACGAUGAUUCUCUUCUGUCCCCAUUUGUUGAAAUGAUACCAGUUCCCUCCAAGGCUAUACCUUGCAGCUCCGAUAUUGAUUCAGGUGUACCAGAGGAGCCCGUGGUUCAGCCGGUACCUGACACUGCAGUGGAUGCUGAAGUCCCAGCGAAGAAGGUUGAACUUGGAGAACUCGAAAAAGUGGAUGAGGAGCUGGACAGCCCUGGAAGAAGUGGCGAUGUGCGAGCAGUCAAGAGUUGAAGCUAGCUGAUUCAGAUUUGAAUGUGAAAGCAUGUGAAAUUAGUGCAUGGACUGCUAUAAAAGAGAGCUCAUAUUGUUCCUCUUGUGGCCGGAUUAGCAGAUUCAUUUGAAGGUUCGAGGUCCGGUGUGCAUGUCCAGGCCGCAUAAUUGAUGUUCUUGUGAAACAUUCGGCCGAACAAACGCGUUGAUACUGUGUUUUCACCUUGAAAAAAAAACAGUUCUACACUGAACUUGAGGAAUUCUGAUGCACCUAUAGGUUUGUCUUACAUGUUAAAUUUAUGUAGCGCUUUGGAAGGCGAAUGAAGAAUCUGUUUUAAGAUUUCUUCUUUUUGUAGUUAUGCUGCGAAUAUGUGAGUUGUUUUGAGAAAAGUUAUGUAAUUUGACCUUUAGUUUAAUACAUUGGUACAAAUUUUUAGUUA